UCUCCCAACUCUCACACUGUACACUCAGUUCACAGACACUGUUGAGCUAGGAGAUUUAUCCCGUAACCAACUCCUUUUUAUGCAAUAUUACCUUGACGAUGAGCAUUUUAGAGGACGAGGAGUCUCUACCCUUCCUUCAUGGAACCCUGAAAAUACAUGUUAUAGAGGCAGCAGAUCUUCCAGAUACAGACAACUCAUUCUUUAACAUUGACAGGAACGACAAAACCGAUCCCUUUGUUAUUAUUUCCAUCGGUGAAUGUGAGCUGCUAAAGACUGCGUAUAUACCGAACACCCUGGAGCCAAGAUGGGAUGAGAAGUUUUCUAUCCCCGUCUGUCAUAGAGCCAGCUGUCUAAAGGUAAUGGUUCGGGACCGAGAACAUGUUGGUAAUCAGAUAGUUGGAACAUGUUUAAUCUCCACUGAAGAACUAACAUCUGGAAACCCUGUAGAGGGUUGGUACGAUAUUAUGGUUGGAGUAGGAGGAAAAACUAAAGGUUCUAUUCACAUCAUGCUUCAAUUCUUCCCUAUAGGUAGUUGUGGAGAUGAUUCCAGUUUUCUGCGAGACUCCUAUUUCCAGCCUAAGACGGAUAACCAGGUGGUGCUCUACAUGACAGCCGACUCCCAACAGCUUCCAGUCUUUGACGGAGUAACCGAACCUGAUGGUUCUCCGUAUCAAGCAACCAGGUGCUGGUUGGAUAUCUACAAAUCUAUCUGCAGAGCGGAGAAACUAAUUUAUGUUACAGGAUGGAGCGUGUAUACCCAGAUAGAUCUAGUAAGAGGAGAAUCUGCUCUAGAGUACCCAGAUUCUAAUGUAGGAGAACUACUCAAGAGGAAAGCUGCCGAAGGUGUAAGAGUUCUAGUGAUGCCCUGGGACGAGAAAUCUAAUGAUAGCGGUUUGCUGGCAGGACUCAUGGGAACUCAUGACGAGGAAACUUACAAUUAUUUCCGAGGCACCAACGUAGUCUGCUCCAAGGUUCAACGAUCAAAGCUAAGCUGGAUGGGGUUUGGAGGACAGUUCGUCGGAACCAUGUACACUCAUCACCAGAAGACGAUUAUAUGUGACGCGGACACAGAGGACGGAUCAGGGAUGAAAAAACUUAUUGCUUUCAUCGGUGGGAUCGAUAUUACGGACGGUCGCUAUGAUACUCCUGAGUUUCACCUUUUUAAAACAUUAAAUACACUUCAUGCCGGAGAUUUCUAUCAGAACUGUACUACAGGAACUACCUUUAGAACAGGUCCACGAGAACCCUGGCAGGAUAUUCAUGCACUGGUUAUCGGACCAACUGCCGUGGAUAUUCAUGAUAACUUUGUGGAUCGUUGGUAUCAUCAGAACCUCAAGUACAAGGACAUGAUCUACUACCUCUCCGAAGACGAGUUCAACUUGGAUUAUCCUGCGGAGGUUCCAGAGGAGCAGGGCGGAGCAUGGACGGUUCAGUUGCUCCGCUCUAUCACAGUAGACUCCGCCGCCAUGUCCCAAGACAGGUUACAGUUUCUGAACCGGAAGUAUGGAGCUCCUGUCGAGGAUUCUAUCAUGAGAGAAUAUGUUAUUCAGAUAAGAAAUGCUAAAUCUUUUAUUUAUAUAGAGAACCAGUACUUCCUGGGUUCAGCAUUCUCCUGGUUGGCUGAUCAGAACACUCUCUCCCAUCAUAUUAUACCUAUUGAGAUAGUAGAGAAGAUAAUUAGUAAGAUAGAAGCAGGAGAACAGUUCCACGUUUAUGUAACGAUUCCUAUGUACCCUGAGGGAGAUCCAACCUCGGCUCCGAGUCAGGAGAUCCUACGCUGGCAGUACAGAACCAUGGAGAUGAUGUUUAAGAGGAUCUACAGGGCACUGCAGAGAAAUGGAUCCGAAAAUCAUCCAACAGACUUCCUAUCUUUCUACUGUCUUGGAAAGAGGGAGUCUCCAGAUGAUAUCCCAUACUAUGAUUUAGAUGAUCCUGCACCUGGAACCGGAGCUGAGAAAACAAGAGCAUCCUUGAGACAUCCCAUAUAUGUGCACUCCAAACUUAUGAUCGUCGAUGACGAAUAUGUAAUCGCUGGAUCAGCCAACAUUAAUCAGAGAUCUUUGGGUGGGAACAGAGACUCAGAGAUAUGCAUCGGUGCCUUCCAACCUAACUGUGUUCACAACGGGGAGAUCCCUCGGGGCUCCGUUCACACCUUUAGACUUGCGCUUUGGUCCGCUCACCUUGGAGGAUACGACUCAGCUUACGAAGAUCCUUCGUCCUGGGAUUGUGUGACCAAAGUCCGCGAGGUCGCCUCCGAGUUCUGGGAUAUUUAUACAGCCGAGGAACCAACCCAUAGUGAUAUUCAUCUCCUGCCUUAUCCUCUCCUGGUUUCAGAAACCGGAGAUUUAUCUUCUUUAGAUUCUCCCUGGGAUACCUUUCCAGACACACUUGCUCCUGUGGUUGGGUGUAAGAGUGGGCUUCUUCCAGCUAAACUCACUACCUAGAGCUCUCGGGAUACCAUGUCUUCCUAUCAAAGCACACAUUAUUUGUACUUUAAACUAUCCUGGUCAUAAUUCGAACCUUAAUUAUCUGAUAUAUGACUUCAGUAUUUGUGCAAGAUCUGAUUUAUAAAAUGUACUUAUAUGAAGCUUUAAUAAAUUUAUAAAUUUAUAA